CAGAAAAGUAAAAAUAUGGCUAAUACGUCAUGGUUUUUCAAUAUAAAACAAAACAUGGUAGGAUGUUAAGCCAGUAAAACAGUAUAUGGAAGAGAAGGAUCUUAAUACUAGAAACAUUGCCCCUUAAGUAAAAGUUGAGUUUUCUGGUGGUUUAACUUUGUACCUGUGUAGAGGAGGAUUUGUGAUCAUGACAUUUGUCUUGGCUCUGCUGUGAAUAAUGAGGCCAUAAUACUAGCACUGUUUAUUGGUGUUCAGUAUUUACAAUCAAACCCAAAUCAGAGCUAUGGUUAGAGUGCCUAAUAUACAUAUCAUUAAAUUUUACUGCAUAGAGUUUAAUAUAGGACAACAGAAGUUGUUUUAAUAUCUUAAUUUUUAAAAUUAGUGAGCCAAGAGAUAUUGUAAAACCUGAUGAAACAGUAAAAAGCUGUUAAUUACUUAAAAUUUCAAAGGUUACCCAGGUUGGUAAAGGAUCUCAAGAUGGCUGGACGGAAACUUGCUCUAAAAACCACUGACCGGGUAGCUUUCGAGGAGAUCAUCCCCCAAAACCAGAAGGCCGUGACUAACUCCUUGAAGUCCUGGAAUGAGACCCUCACCUCCAGGCUGGCUACUCUGCCUGAGAAGCCACCUGCCAUCGACUGGGCUUACUCCAAGGCCAACGUGGCAAAGGCUGGCUUGGUGGAUGACUUUAAGAAGUUUAAUGCCCUGAAGGUUCCUAUACCAAAGGAUAAAUAUGCUGCCCAGGUGGACGCUGAAGAAAAAGAAGAUGUGAAAAGUUGUGCUGAGCUUUUGUCUCUUUCAAAGACCAGGAUUCAGGAAUAUGAGAAAGAGCUGGAGAAGAUGAGGAACAUAAUUCCAUUUGACCAGAUGACCAUUGAGAACUUGAAUGAAGUCUUUCCAAAAACCAAAUUAGACAAGAAGAAGUACCCCUACUGGCCUCAAAAGCCAAUUGAGAGCUUAUAAGCUCAAGUCUGGGAGAAAGCUCUGGCCCUCGAAUUAUACACUCUGGACAUUAAAAAUAAUCACAUAGUGAAAAAAGAAUUGCAAAGGUUACCAGUAGAGCAGUGCUUCUUAAAGUAUGUCCACCCAACCAGCAGUAUCAGCCUCCCUUGGGAUAUUGUCAGAAAAGAAAAUUCUUGGGCCCCACUCCAGACCCUUUGAAUUAGAAACUCAGGGGGUGGAUCCCAGAAACCUUAGUUUUAACAAACUGAUUAGGUGAGUCUGAUGCAGUUAACAUUUGAGACAGUAGAAGAGCUAAGAGUAACUAUCUAUCUACCUGUCAAAACUAGGAAGGUGAAUGGUGGGAGGGGACCUUUAUGUAGGUAAGUUCAAUUCUUAUCUAUCAUGGAAGGAGUUCAGUGAAAUAAUGUCUAAAUCUAAUAAAUCAAGAAGUGAUAGUAUUGAUACUACUGCUUUUCUAGGGAUUUUCUAGUGUUUUCUAGGGACAUGGAAAUAACCAUCCAAAGAAACAUAAAGGGGCAUAACUACAAUGGGUAAUAGUGGUUCCUCCUGAGAGGAGGACUCAGUAUAGAGAGGUGUGGGGU